AUGGUGACCAUGGUCUCAUUCAGCCUCCGUUUGUUGGCUAUAGCAUUCAGCAUGUCCAGUACGGCGUUGGCCCAGAACUACACUGAGCGCUAUCGUCCACAGUUUCAUUUCACCCCAGCUAAGAAUUGGAUGAAUGACCCCAAUGGCUUGAUUUAUCAUGAAGGGACUUACCACUUAUUCUAUCAACACAACCCAGGAGGCAUAUCGUGGGGAGCUAUGUCCUGGGGCCAUGCGACCAGCUCGGAUCUGGUGCACUGGGAACAUCAGCCAGUGGCACUUCUCGCCCGUGGAUAUCCAGACAACAUCACUGAGAUGUUCUUCUCCGGCACCGCAGUGUUCGAUGCCCAGAAUACUAGUGGUUUCGGCACCGAUGACAAAGCUCCUCUGGUCGCUAUGUACACGUCUCACUAUCCUGUGGCACAAACUCUGCCAAGUGGAAAGACCGUCGAUGCAAACCAGCAAUCCCAAUCCAUCGCGUACAGCCUUGACGACGGCAUGACUUGGACUACAUAUGACAGCGUGAAUCCCGUCAUUCUCAAUCCCCCAGAGGAGUAUUCCGACCAAAUACAUGACUUCCGUGACCCAGCUGUCUUCUGGCACGAGGAAACCCAGAGAUGGGUUUCUGUGAUGUCACUACCUGGCCUCCGUAAGCUGCUUAUCUACACUUCUUCCAACUUGAAGGAUUGGGAGCUCGUCAGUGAGUUUGGCCCGGUCAACGCCGUCGGUGGCGUAUGGGAAUGCCCUAGCAUGUUCCCUCUCCCCCUGGACGGAGGCGAAGAGCUAAAAUGGGUUGUUCAAAUCAGCCUCAACCCUGGUGGCCCGGCCGGCAACACUGGCUCUGGAACACAGUACGUCGUAGGCCAGUUUGACGGGGCAACCUUCACCCCAGACGCCAACAGCGUGACACAGGCGAAUUGGGUAGACUGGGGUCCUGACUUCUAUGCCGCCCUUACGUUCGGUGGUCUUCCCGUGGAGGACCGGGUUGACAUUGCGUGGAUGACCAACUUGAGGUAUGGCGGGGCCACGCCGACCGACCCUUGGCGAAGUGCCUUUACGGUUCCGCGAAGACUGUCGCUGAAGACUAUUAACGCGAGGGCGACUCUUAUACAGGAGCCUAUUUUGGGUGAGGCUGAUUAUAGUAGUACCCAUUGGGACACCCUAACAGCCGGCAGCACAAAAUUAGACUUCACCGGAAAAGCGCUGGAUAUCGUUUUGUCAUUUUCCGAGUCUGAAUCGACCCAAUUCGGCGUCAUAGUUCGAGCUUCAUCAGACCUAAGCGAACAAACACAGGUGGGGUAUGACUUUGAGAAAAAGGAGGUCUUUGUCAACCGGACCGUUUCAGGAGUUUCAGGGUUUGAUGACACAUUUGCGGGUGUGUUCUCUGCACCUCUCGAGUCGAUAGAGGGCAAAGUCAAAUUGCGAGUUCUUGUUGACUGGUCCUCUGUUGAAGUGUUUGGUGGAGCAGGGGAAGUGACCUUGGCUUCACUGAUUUUCCCGAGCGAUGAGUCCUCUGAUGUGUACCUGUUCUCGCUGGGUGGAAGUACCAAUGAUGUUGAAGUGAAGGCCGCCAGUAUCAAGUCGGUUUGGGUCACUGAGUAA